AUGUCUUCUCAACCGGACCAGAGUGCUAUUGAUGAAGAAGAAGCUCACUUCUCCAACGUAGUCUCCACGUUUAGGAGAUAUGGUCCUUACGCGCUGGCAGCCAAUAAUCGGCGGCGGAAGGACCUAUAUACGCUGCCUAGGGCUGAUCAAGAGAUGAUCGGAAGUCUUGGCUACAAACAGAAGCUCACCGAGGUAGACUCGGCAAUCCAAACGAAUGCAGAGUUUCUCCACGAGAUUGCUAAGGAUCCUGGCCUGUUCGACGAGACGGAUGAACUAGACGACUCUGUUGGAACCUCUGAACCUCUGACAUCGACCACUUUGCAAAACUUUACCGCUCAUGAGCACUCGCACUCGCACGACGCUGCCGGCCACUCACACGAUCACGCCGCGGGUAGUCAUGUACACGACCAUGCCCAUCACGCACACGAUGCGCCUCGCCGUGGCAAGUAUAAGCCUACUGAGUUCGACAUGGAGAAGAUUCGCAGCACAUUGAAGCAGUUCGUUCGCGACUGGAGUACUGAGGGCGAGGAAGAACGCGAGGCCAGCUACAAACCCUUGAAGGACGCGCUGGUGGCUCACUUCUCGGACAUACCGUUCGAGGAAAGGUACAACUUUCGCGUUCUGGUCCCAGGUGCUGGCUUAGGUCGGCUCGCGUAUGAUAUCGCAAAACUAGGCUUUUCAUGCCAAGGAAACGAGUUCUCGCACUACAUGCUGCUGUCGUCCUUCCAUAUCUUGAAUAGAACACAGGAGAUCAACCAGUACACAAUCUAUCCCUACGUUCACUCUUUCUCCAACAUGCCGAAUAAGGAUGCCUUGUUACGCCCAAUACGGAUACCGGAUGUCCUUCCCAGCGAUCUUCCUCGCGACGCGAACUUCUCGCUUGUGGCGGGUGACUUCGAGGAGGUCUACGGGAAAGAUGACCAUGAUGAAGACGAUCCUGCAAAUGGACAGUGGGAUGCUAUCGUGACCUGCUUCUUCAUUGAUACUGCGAAGAAUAUCGUGAACUAUCUGCGCAUCAUGCACAAGAUCCUAGCUCCAGGCGGAGUGUGGAUCAACAUAGGACCCCUACUAUGGCACUUCGAGAACAACACCUCGAACGAUCCGUCAGUUGAGCUCGAUCUCGAGGAGGUUAAAGAACUUGCGCGCAAGAUCGGCUUCGACAUCAAGGACGAGCGCACGUACGAUACCACGUACGUGACCAACAAGCAGGGCAUGUUGGGCUACACAUACCGCGCAGCAUUCUGGACCGCCACGAAGCGCAUUUAG